AUGCCUGAACCAGCCAAACCCGCGCCCAAGAAGGGCACCAAGAAAGCCGUGAACAAGACCGCCGGCAAACCGGGCAGGAAGAAGAGGAGGCCCAGGAAGGAGAGCUACGCCAUCUACGUGUACAAGGUGCUGAAGCAGGUCCACCCCGACACCGGCAUCUCGUCCAAGGCCAUGAGCAUCAUGAACUCGUUCGUCAACGACAUCUUCGAGCGCAUCGCCUCGGAGGCGUCUCGCCUGGCUCACUACAACAAGCGCUCCACCAUCUCCUCCAGGGAGAUCCAGACCGCAGUGCGCCUCCUGCUGCCCGGCGAGCUGGCCAAGCACGCCGUGUCCGAGGGCACCAAGGCCGUCACCAAGUACACCAGCUCCAAGUAAAGCGCUCUGCUGCUGCAGUCACAACCCAAAGGCUCUUAUAAGAGCCACCCACUUCCUCUGGAGAGCAGUCCAUUUCUCACUCACUUCAUAUCAUAUGAUCUGUCACAAAUCGGCUAUAAACUGUUACACUUGGACUCUUGACGUUUUCACUGGAUAAUAAUUCUGCAGCUACAGCACACAAGCGUUUGUAUUGCUGAAUGGAUAAGCCAAGUAGUUUAUGUGUAGACUCAAAACCAUCACCUAACGCAGUGAAAACUACUCCCUUCAGUGUGUUAAAUAUUUGAGAUUGACACGUUUAAUACAGUAUGUAAGUACUAAGCAUUUAAUUUGCAUUAACAAAAAUGCCUUAACUUCAUAACAUUGCACUAUAAGGAAAUACCCAAGCUAUGAGUUGAAAAAAAUAUUGAUACGAAAC